GCUGUACUUUUCCAUCUACAAAUUAAAACCCUUCAACUUUGGCAGAUAAGGUCUAUAUAACAGUUCACUCAGUCAUUCUUUUUCUGCAGGGGUUAACUGUAACUUGCGCUCUAGCAAGAGCCAAGACAAACGUUCAAAAAAUGGAUGAGUUUCAUGAGCCAUUAUAUUGGGCAUCAUUCAAUGUUUACGGUCGAGAUAGCAUGUUUGAUCUGGAGGAACUACGACGCAGCGUUGCUGAGGAAUCGUUUGUUAAAGCACAGAAAAUGGCCGUGGAAAGAUUCGGAUUGGUUCAUCGCAAUAAAGGUAAUAUGCGUGGAGUAGAUAUCCUAUAAGGAUUCGUUCUUAUUGGUCCUCUUGGAGGAAUAGUUUAGAAAUAAUAGAGCUGUUCAGUAUAAUAAAAGUUACUUUUGUUCAGGUUUCCUCCUGUAGUAACACUGGAUCAAUAGGAGAUGAUCCUUACUGCACCUCCAGGAAGAACAGUUUAGAACUGAUAGAGUUACCAAUAAGAGAUGAUCCUUACUGGAUCUCUUGGGAGAACAGUUUAGACUUGAUAGAACUAUUUAGUAUAAAUAAAGUUUAUUUUAGCAACAAAACUUACUGUUUUGUUUUAGAAAGUUCCGAUGGUGUUUUAUCUCAACAUCUGAUGGAAGCUGUCAUUGAAUUUCUACAUCAUCAUCAUCUGCGUCCUGACUUGCUGCCAAUAUUACUACAAGUGGUAAAUUACGAAACAUUUAUUAUCGUGUCGAUUAAUUAUACUUAGACUUUCUCUUCUAUGUAAAACAUGCCUUCAGACUAACCUUUUUGUACUGUAAACCUCAGGCAAUUCUGAAGUAUUAUCGCUUGCAGGAAACCUAAACUAAACUAACUUUAUUUAUACUGCACAGCUCUAUCAAUUCUAAACUGUUCUUCCUAGAGAUCCAACAAAGAUAACCUCUUAUUUAUCCAGUGUUACUACAGGAGGAAACCUAAACUAAACUAACUUUAUUUAUACUGGAUAGCUCUACCAGUUCUAAACUGUUCUCCCUAGAGGUCCAGUAAGAAUCAUCACUUAUUGAUCCAGUGUUACUACAGGAAGAAACCUAAAACUAAACUUAUGUAUACUGGAUAGCUCUAUCAGUUCGAAACUAUUUUUCCUAGAGGUCCAAACAGGUCAUCUCUUAUUGAUUCAGUGUUACUACAGGAGGAAACAUACACUAAAAUUUAUUUAUACUGGAUAACUUUAUCAGUCCUAAACUGAUCUUUCACACUUUUCCCAAAGAUAACCUACUGUGUUUGGUAGAAUCAAACUGGAAGCACUCUUCUCACCUGCAGAAACCAAACAUGGAAAUGAGCUGUGCUACCGACGCCUCAUUCCUUUCAUAUUUUCUUCAUAAAUUUAGACCCAGGAAGCACUAACCAUCCUGCAAACGCCGCCAUCAAACAAAGUCGACGCAACUAUCUUACCUUAUCGCGAGAUUACUCCGUCUUGGGUGCCUCUGAUCCGGAAUGCUGAGCAAUUCUUGCUUUCUGUUGGAUUUCUGAUCAAAACGACGAGCUCAAGACAGACCAUACUUGUCUAUCCACACUGGAAUCGGAAUGAUUGCCUGGCAAAAGUAGAAUCGCUUCUUCAGUCUGUUUUGAGUAAGUAUCGGGGUAUGGUCUGAGAACUUUCAAAUGUUAUGCAAAGCAUAGUGCCCAUCCAGUCAUGAUUCAUUGAUCAGAAUGUUCCACUGUCUUUUCAUUGUUUUGAAAAUCCCACUGUUCUCCAUGCCAUCCAGUCAUGAUCCAGUGAUCAAAAUGUUCCAUUGUCUUUUCAUUGUUUCGAAAAUCCCACUGUUCUUCAUGCCAUCCAGUCAUGAUUCAGUGAUCAGAAUGUUCCAUUGUCUUUUCAUUUUUGAAAAUCCCACUGUUCUCCAUGCCAUUCAGUCACGAUCCAGGGAUCGGAAUGUUCCACUGUUUUUUUUCAUUGUUUUGAAAAUCCCACUGUUCUCCAUGCCAUCCAGCAUGGAUCCAGUGAUCAAAAUGUUCCAUUGUCUUUUCAUUGUUUUGAAAAUCCCACUGUUCUCCAGUUGCUGGUUAGUUAAAUCUACCUAUCAGCAUUGAAUAAGACAUGAAUAACUAUGUUCAGUGUGACAUUAACACUUCAAAUAUUUUAUAAUCUACAGACGUCCUUACCUACUGUCCUGUUCUCGCUGAUGCGUUGCGAGCUGUUCUUUCACAAGAGGAAAAGAGUUUACUUGUACUAUUUCGAGAUGUGGUAAGCGAAUAUUUAACUGAAAUAUUCUUGGUUUAACUCAAAUAUUCAUGACUUGACGUAUUGCAUAUAGGAACGCUAUAUACAGCCAUAUUGCAUGGAGGAACGCUAACAAAAGAUUAUCAUUAGCAGCUAUUGUAUUUGGAUUUUGGAGCGUGUUUUCUUCUAACAUGGCCGCCGUAUCUUUGUCUCGUAAAUUUUAAAGGAUUGAAUGCAAACCACCAAUAUUUGCUUCAAUUGUCCGUGAGAAGACUGCUUCCAGCUUGACUCUACCAAACAUUGCAAAGAUAGGGUACUCAGGUUUUCUCCUGGACUAACAUGAGAUGGCUCUUACUGGAGCUCCAAGAAGAACGAUCUAAAAUUGAUCGACUGUAUACAACUAUAGUUUAUUGUAGGCUAGGGGUGGCAAAAAUAGGCUAGCACGCGAGCACUGCUCGCAGGAAAUGUUAAACAGCUGCAGAGAAUUUGAAGGAAACCUUAAUUUAACAUCCUCAUGUCUCACUAUGGGCUCAACAACAUAUGGUUGACAUUAUUCCUUGAAUUUAAAACCAUGCUCAGCUAGAACACUAUAUGUUUAUGCACAUGCAGACUCAGCACAAAAAUACUCCGUUGGUCUGCAGGAAAUUUUUGUCUCCAGGUUGUUGUGCUCCCAGGAAGAACAUUUUUUCCUGCCCUGUUGUAGGCCUCCUCUUGUUUGGGAGAACAGUUUAGAACAGAUUGAACUAUCCAGUACAAAUAAAGUUAAUUUAUUUCAUGGGCAGAACAAAGAGGAAAUCAAGGUUUGUUUUUAACAUUCUUAGCUUCAGGAAAGGUUGUCAUCUCCAUACGAGGUCGUGGAAAUACGCCAUACCACGCUACUGCGAAUGUUUUGGCUUAAACGAAGUACUCAGCGACUGAUGGUUCAGUUGAACUUCCGGCGAAUGGGAGACGUACUUGAGUUUGGGAAUAGCAAAGACGACAGAGAUGCCGUCGAAUCAUGUUUGAAGAUUUUUACUCUUCUUACAGGUAGCGCUUCCAUCUAUGUGCGUUGUAGGAUUACCAACAUUGUCUCGUAACCGUCCGCCAUGUUCUAAGCCAGUGCGCUAGGGAGGGGCAGUCUGGCUUAGAGUCUUAGACCCUUUGAGUGCCUCUCGAAGCGCACUGGCUAGGUACAUGGCGAGUGUUUUGCGAUUGCAAGUUUGCAACUACACACGUAAAAACGCACAAGUUGUAACAAACCUGCAGUAGACUUGUGGCAAUGCUGUUCCAACAAUUUGUCAACAGGAUGUGUUCGCACUGCUUGUUCCCAGCAGUUUGACAAGUUGUCAACGGCUUGUUGACAACUUACUACAAGAUUUUUGAGCUUGACAAGAAUUGUUAAAAGUUGCUCCAACAACUUGUUAUCGACGCGAAAUUCAACAAUUUGUCAACACGUUGUGAGUGACAAGCUUGUAGCAACUUGAUAAAAUAACAGCAUUGUUACAACUUGUUGACAAGCUUGCUACAAGCAUGUUAUGAACACAUCUUGUUGACAAGUUGUGAGUGACAACCUUGUAGCAACUUAAUAAAAUAACAGCAUUGUUACAACUUGUUGACAAGCUUGCUACAAGCCUGCUACGAACACAUCUUGUUGACAAGUUGUGAGUGACAAGCUUGUUGCAACUUGAUAAAAUGACAACAUUGUUACAACUUGUUGACACGCUUGCUGCAAGCCUGUUGUGAACACAUCUUGUUGACAAGUUGUGAGAUUUUUACGUGUGUACAUGGCAGCGGUUACGGGGUUUUUUUGAAGCGAAUUUGAUCAAAUAUCUACAUGUAAAUAUGGGGUUUAGAAAUCUAAAAACAUCAGUAAUGGAAGGUGGCGUAGUGCUUAUAUUUAUAAUUAAUAUAACUUUGCCAAAGAACAUGGUACAUGACAUACACACGUAAAAACGCACAAGUUGUAACAAACCUGCAACAGACUUGUAGCAAUGCUGUUCCAACAACUUGUCAACAGGAUGUGUUCGCACUGCUUGUUCCCAGCUUGUUGGCAAGUUGUCAACGGCUUGUUGGCAACUUGCUACAAGGUUGUUGGGCUCAACAGACUUGUUACAAGUUGUUCCAACAACCUUAUAUCGUCCUGCAAUUCAACAAUUUGUCUAUAGCAACUUGAUAAAAUAACAGCAUUGUUACAACUUGUUGACAAGCUUGCUACAAGCCUGUUGCGAAUACAUGAUCUUGUUGACAAGUUGUGAGAUAUUUACAUGCACAAACUAUAUAAAAACAGAAGGCAGGUACACGGUACAGCUUUCAAAUGUUUUAUUUAUACUUUUACUUCAGGAUUUGAAACGUCUUCACAAAUUCAACCGCACCCAAUGUUGUCGAAGGUAAUUUACUGCAAAGUAAAAAACAAAUUCCGAAAAGACAUCUUGAGAAUACAAUAUAUGAUUCAAAACAAUAUGCAGGUUGAGACUGUAAAUUUUCGACUUUAUUUCAAAGUCACCUCAACCUGUGUCUUGUUUUGAAUCAUAUAUCGCAUUCUCAAGAUGUCUUGCCUCUUCGCAAUUUGUUUUUUACUUUAUUUUUUUAAAUUGUCGGCUGGUCAUGGUAAUUUACUGCGGUUGUAUAAUUUCUCGCGUAUAGUUACUGAUGCUCAUAUAUUGUAUAUGUGUUUCUAUAACCAACAUAUCGAGCUGGUUAACUUAUGGCGUUAUAUUUAAUUCAAGGCAAAUCUUGGUGGAUCGUGGAUGAGUUCUCGAGUAAGCGAUGAGGAAAAUACAGCAAGAUAUUUUGUGGCACAAAGGUAGCGUAUAGCACUUGGGAUUAACCUCGCAAAAAUCGUGGUUAAUGCGCACUAGAGCUGGAAAAUGAUCGAAGGCCAAAUUGUCAUCUACAUAACCCUUUGAUCGCGAUAUUUACCCAGAGCAGGAAAAUGUUUAAGGCGGCUCGGUACAGUUUUUAAAAAACAUGUAAAAUUCAGGAUUUAGAUCAUCCGUAUUUUUGGGCAAUUAUUACUUGUUGAAAAACAAAAAGGAUCUUAUUGACGAAAAAAAAACAACACCAAAUGGGUUCCGUUGCUAUAAAUGAUGGCAACAAUGACGUUUCAAGAUGGUGGAAAUUUUGGCUCGAAAACGACAUCAGUGACCCCCAAAUUUUAUUCCAUAAAAUGAUUUCUUUUAGUAUACUAAAUUAUUUUCAAAAAAAUUCUGUUGGGCUAAAAAACUAUUAUGAAUAAUCACAAUUACGUAAUUCGUAAUUGUUUUACAUCAGUAAUAAUUCUCAAAAAAUACAAACAAUUUUUCCAGUUCUGCAUGUGUUAACAAUUUCUUAUAUCUUACUGUUUUUUUCAGCAUGGAUUCGAUCGAUGCAAAAUACAAGUUAGCAAUGAAUGAUCUCAGAAAAUGGCAUAAAGAUGUUUUCCUCACACAGGUGAACAAGCUAGACUAUUGUCUAUAUACCGGCAAACCGAGAGACUUGUUACAAAGCUAGUCAUGCCAUCUUUUGGCCUCUAACUCAACCCCCGCCCCAAAGGAAGACUGCUCGCGAUGGCCCUGCUCGUAUCCAGGCUCUUCGGUUUGAAAGUAGGCAGUACCCCUUAUGUGUUUAGCGGCAAAUAUAUGUAAUGGAAAUAUUUUUGUGUCAAAACAUUUGAAUCUGACCGUUCGCAUGUGUUAAUUCAGGACCUUUCUAUAUAUGCAGGCAAAAAUUGCAGAAACAAAGAAACAGAAAGCAAAGUUGGGCCAAGCCAAAACUGUCUCCGUACCGAACAAGCCAACGGAAACAGCAAAACUUCCACAGAUCUGCAAGCCAGCUAAAAGACAACCUCUUGAUCUCAUUGAACUGGGAGAAAAAAUCACGAAAGUGAAAGUAAAAAGCGGUGCAGGGCCAUCCUCUAUCCGUGUGCCAGUCGAAAAAGAACAUCCAUUGCCUUUGGUAGGCUGCAUGGUGAAACGACACGAGGCCACAAAGAAUUUAUAUCACUGUUUGGGUGAUAUGAGGGGCAAGAAACGUGAAGAAACGCGAAAACUACUUUCUUUGUAAAAUACAGUUUGAAAUAUAGUUGUAUAAACUAAAAUAACUUUAAUAAAUAAAAUAACUGGGAUUUUUGAACGUAAUAUAGGUAAUUAUUUCAAUAGUAAAGGUAAUCCCUUAUUGAUCCAGUGUUACUACAGGAGGAAACCUUAACUCCACAGUGACGUAUAGCAAAGGAGGGGGUCGCUUGGUGAAAUUGUGGGUCCAUUUCCUGGGAUGUAAAUUUUAAAUUUUGCUUUGUGCUAAAUGUUCAGGAUUGGUUUGUGAUUAAGUAAAGUUCUUACAUGUAAAUGAUUCUUGUAUUUUCACUGUAAUGUAAUUUUUUCCUUAAAGAUUCAAACUAUAUCUCUGUUUCAACUCAUCAUAUGUUCGACCAAUUCUGAUUUCCUCUACGUAUAUUCAGCUUUUGACAAACACCGGAUGCAAUUUUUUCCCUUAAACUGAUUCAAGUUAUCUGUUUAAACAGGAAAAAACCGCGCAAAUACACUCACACAAUAUGAGAUUAGAAAUAUAAACUAUACAAUAUGUACAAAAAAAAAGAAGCGAGGAUAUACUACAAAUGCUAUGGGAUGUUCAUCUUAUAUUAUAUAAUUAUCAAUUACUUUUUUCCACAAAAUGCAAUAUUGCCAAUUAUGCGUGGGCUUCGCUUGCCUCGAAUACAUUUUCUCAAGCAUGAACAAUGAUGAGAAUACCACUUAAAUUAUCAAAAAAUGUUAACAAAAAAACAACCCCAAAAUUAGCCAAAAAAAAUAUUUUUUGUUCAAUAAGUAUUCUGAACAAUCACAUCGUGUUAGAAUUAUUUAUAAUAGCUAUAUAUUGCACAGAUGGCCGUGCCCUUGAAAAAGUCAAAUAUAUUCUAAUUAGGAAUGCAAAUUGCAAGCCAUUACUUGUCAGUAGAUGAACUGAAGAGCUCAACGUUCUAUGCGCUCGGCACAAAAAAUGAUGGUCAAAUUCAUUUGCUUCGCCCUUCUAUUUUCAUCUGCAGUUGCGACCUCUGUGAUUAAACAAUUGACAUGGCACAAUUGUGGUAAGUAAAAUAAUAUGUUGUAGGAGUUUUUAACAAAAUAUCUUCGCAGAAUUUUCUUACACCUUGCCAAGACCUUGCAAAAAUUUGUUGUCAUCUUAUUAUAUACUGGAAUGCCAUAUAAUUUACUUACUGCUGAAAAAUUCCAAAGCGUGUUGCAAGUCGAAUUUGUCUUGUGCCGAGUUUGAGGUUUAUCACAAUAAUGUGAGGCACCAUAUGUUCUCUGAAUGAAAUCUACACAUGCAAGAAGUUUUAUAUUUGACACAGGAAAUCUUUAUUUUGGGAUUUUGCUGCCUGGAUGAGAAUGGCUCUCGUUCGAAAGGUGAAUAAGGUGAUGAACAUUUAUGACUAAUUUGCCGUGCAGCAUUGAGCGAGUAAGUCGGUUGAAAACUGCUAAACGGUUUCAAAAUUAUUUCACAAACAUACUCUCGAUUAAUUUUCAGAUGCCUCUGCGCCAGUAUUGAUAAAAAACCUGACAAUCGUCCCAAACCCGAUCCCGUUGAAGGCAGGUGUAAAAUUGCACGUGAGCGGAGUUAUCAACUUGAAGUAUACUGUCUCGGUUAAAAUUGAACGACAAUUUCUGGCUUGGUGGCCAACGAUACCUUGCAUCGGUUCGUUUGGAUCAUGGUAAGCGAUCAUUGAGACUUUUGGACAUAGGCGUACGUACGAGACCUCCCCUAAACUUAUAGAGAACCAUAGAAAUUCGGGCAAAUGCUAGGAAAAAUCAAGAAAAUUCGGGCAGAUUUAUCAGAGGUAGGCUAUAUAGGUUAUUUCAUUACAAUCAUCCUUAAAAAAUCGGGCAAACUUUCAACUGCCCCACCCAGAAAGCAACAGCCCCGUACGCCUAUGCUUUUGGACUUUUUAAAGCCGGUCAUUUUGUUGUUGGACUUUUUGGGAAUUUUACCAGACUCUUUGUAGGAAGUAAAAUAAUAUUUCUUACAGAAUUUCUGAAAAUAUUUACUCGGGAUAAAAUUGCAUAUACAAAGCUGGGAGAUACAUCCUUCCGGAAAAUAUGCCACUUUGGCCAUAGAGCCUCGCUUUCAUGUAUUAAAGUCUGAACGUCGCAAUCAUGAAAUGAAACUCUAUAGCAAGGUGACGCCCAUUUUCCACCAGGCGAAUUUUUCGCGCGAAGCGAAAAACAAAUCUUGACAAUGUGAUUGGUCAGCGAAAAAAUUCGCCGCGAAAAAGUUGAAUCAGUUCCUACUAUUUUUACUGUUCGCGCGAACAAAUUCGCCGAGUGGAAAAUGGGCUUACGGACUUUUCUCGUCGAAGUAUGAAUGUGCAGAAACUAAGGAUUUAAAAAAAUGCUGGUCUACAAUAAAUUCCCUGCUAGGGAAACAAAAUAAAUCCAAUUAUAUUAGUGAGCUCAAAGUUGGUGAAAAUGUCAUCACAGACCCUAAUCUCAUUGCGGAGCAUUUUAAUACACACUUCAUCAACAUUGGAGUGUACCCUGAUAAAAAUGAUACGCCAAACGAAUGUGGAGAAAAUCUUUAUUUCUCUGACACAAACAUCCAUUCCCAAACUAAUAAUAAAUUUAAUUUUUCUCUCAUUAAGGUUGAUAGUGUCCUCUGUAAUUUGAAACACCUUAAAGCAAAUAAAUCCACUGGCCUAGAUGCCAUCCCAGCGAAAAUACUAAAACUAGCUGCCCAUAUUAUUGCCCCUUCCUUAACGUAUAUUUUUAAUUUAUCUCUUCAAAGCGGUAUUUAUGUUAACGAUUGGAAACGAGCUCGAGUAAUUCCUAUCUUCAAAUCUGAAGAUAAAAGUAAAUGUGAAAAUUAUAGACCCAUUUCUAUUUUGUCAAUUGUAAGUAAAGUCUUUGAAAAAGAAGUGUUUAGGCAAGUGUAUACGUACGUGAAUGAAAGUAAUCUUCUCUCAAAGUAUCAAUCUGGCUUUCGGCCACAACACUCAACCUUAUCAGCCCUCAUUAAAAUAUGUGACGAAAUCUUAAAUAACAUGGACGAGGGGAAAAUAAACUGUAUAGUAUUUUUAGACAUACGGAAAGCUUUUGAUUCAAUAAAUCACAAUAUUUUAUUAAGUAAAAUGAGAUCCAACUUUGGCAUUAGCGGUACUGAAUUACUCUGGUUUGAAUCAUACCUAACGAAUAGGGAACAACAAUGCGUAGCUAAUGGGAUACUAUCCUCCGUUGGAAAAUUAAAAUGUGGGGUCCCCCAGGGGUCGAUCCUGGGGCCGUUGUUAUUUUUGCUCUACAUCAAUGACCUACCACAAUGUCUCCAAAAAACCACGCCGGGUCUUUAUGCUGAUGACACGGAAAUUUACGCGUCAUCACACAAUGUAAAUGAUCUUAUUGACAACAUAAAUUAUGACCUAAAUAUUGUUACGCAAUGGAUGGAGAAUAAUAAGCUACAAAUUCAUCCUAAGAAAUCUAAAUGUAUGUUUAUUGCAUCCCUUAUAAAAUUAAGAAUAUACCUCAAGGAAUACCAAUAUUAAUUAAUAAUGUUCCUGUCCCAAGAUUAAAUUGCUACAAAUGCCUCGGUGUCACUUUAGACGAAAAAUUGAACUGGGAACAUCAUAUUGAUAUGAUUAUUAAGAAAGUCAAUGCAGGCAUUGCAGUAAUUAAACGUAUGAAAACCUGUGUUACUCAGGAAUUCUUACAAACAGUUUACAACGCCUUAAUACAACCCUAUUUUGACUACUGCUGUCAAUUGUGGGAUACCUGUGGAAUCGUCCUAAAGGAAAAACUACAAAAAUGUCAAUCCCGAGCUGCUAGAGUAAUAACAGGAGCAUCUUAUGAUAUUAGGUCGGCCGAUGUUCUUGCAACUUUGGGGUGGCAAACUCUCGACAAUAGGCGAAAAUACUUGAAAUCCAUUUUUAUUUACAAAAUCUUAAAUAAUGAAACUGCUCCAAACCUGAAAGAAAAUUUUUUGAAAAUAAGUGAUUGUCCUAUUACACACCAAUUAAGAAAUUUUCAAACAGAUCUGGUACUUCCAUUCCCAAAAUCACAAUUUAAGAAAAAGACCUUCAGUUAUAGUGGAGCAACUCUUUGGAAUAACUUAUCAAUUACUGCUAAACAAUCCAAUUCUUUGAGUUGUUUCAAAAGAUUAAUGAAACUACAUUUUCGAAAACCAUAAGUAUGUAAAUAGUUUUGUAUGUUUGUUAUUUAUUUAUGUUUGUUAAUUUGUCAAAAUAAUCAUGUAAAUAUUUUGUGUUCAAUAUAUAGACCACAGUAAGACUUUUUUUAAAUGUUUAUUUCAUUAACAAACGACGUUUCGGAGAUUUACUCCAUCUUCAGGUAGUAGGAUAAAGACCACAAAGAUAUUUGAAGACCACAAAGCUCGCUUAAACAACUCCUCGUAGAAUCGCGACCUUACGAUAAAGUAUGCACAGACACCUCUAAAUGCCCAAUCUGCAGCAACUCAAAUGCUCCCGUUCAGUGUACACAGAAAGAUGUCGUGUAUCAAAUCAACUGUGACCUUUGUGGAGCAACGUACGUAGGCGAGACAGGCAGACCAUUGGUGGUUCGAUACCAAGAACAUUUUCGUUCCGCAGCAAACCCGAAAGCAAAGUCCUAUAAAAACAUGGCUUUCUCGAAACACUACCUCGACCAACAUUACGGACAAAAACCGAAACUGUCUGUUAAGAUUUUAAAAAGAACAAAAGGAUCUGUAGAACGGAAAAUUACCGAAGCAUUAUUCAUCCAAAAGCUUAAUCCAGACUUGAAUGGAAAAUACGAACAGUUAAAUGUCUUAGACUUCGUAGUUUAAACAUUUAAGACAGAAUUAACAAUUUCUAAUUUUUAUUAGAAUUAAUCGGACACGUGCACGUAAUUUAUAUGCUUACGCAAUUUCGCACGCGCGAAUAACGGUCGCAAUUUAACGUUUAUGCAUGCGCAUGUUAGUUUAAAUUCAAAGUGUAAUCCUACUACCUGAAGAUGGAGUAAAUCUCCGAAACGUCCUUUGUUAAUGAAAUAAACAUUUAAAAAAAGUCUUACUGUGGUCUAUAUAUUGAACACAAAAUAUACUAUUAACAUGAGACUUAGGGAAAGUUCGUUCCUAAACAUUUUGAAGAAUCAUGUAAAUAGUUUGUAUUAUGUAUAUGUAUUAGUCUUAUUCUUACACGUCCCCUAUGGAAACCAUCAAAAGAUGUUAGGGCUAACGUGUUUAAAUAAAUUUUUAUGUAUGUAUAUGUAUGUAAGUGUACGAGACUUUUGGAGUGACUUGUCCCUCGACUUUAUGUACUAUUUUGAAACAUUCGCAGUGCGUGUUUUAUCCGACCUAAAGAUACUCGGCUUCGCCUCGUAUCUUUAUAUCAUGUUUUAAAUAGUACUUCAAAAACUGAUUAUCGAUCUAGUAAGUUCAUUGGCGAAGUAAUUUUCAAAAAAUACGUUGUGUAAGUCGAGAAAGUUAAAGUUAAAGUUUAUGUAAAUCAAGGGAAAUCUUAUGAAUCAAGGGAAAUCUUAUGAAUCAAAAGCUUAUGAUUUUUCUUUGUUUUUGAAAUAUAUAUGCGCAUGUCUUACUAACUGAACUCAUGGAACUUAUUUUUUCAGCAACUAUAAAAUCGGGGAAAGGAAAAUUCCACCACAAACGAUAACAAUCCCAACUAUCAACGCACCAGCAUUUAUUCUGGAUGUAAGUUUUAAUUUACACAUAUGCGCAUGCUCUUAAUGACUAUAUACGUCCAGUACGCCCGUUUACAUGCAACUAUAUAUACGCAAAUUUGUCUGCGGGAAUUUUUGUUCUCAUUUGAUCAGGAACUCUGGCUCGGCAACUCUCAUUAUCUCUCGUCAUCGUUUGACCAAGGCUAAAUACUUUAUUUUGUGACAAAACAAUGAUAUGGUUUUAUCCUAUACAAAUAAUUUAAUGGGUGAUUCCAGCUAUAUGGACGAAUUUUUUAUCAAGGCAAGAAGAAUGAAAUUCAUCACCACAGCUGGAAAGAGCAUUUUAAAAUGAGCAAAAUUGCAAAGUUUGGUUGCGAAAUGUUGUAAAAUGAGGAAAAUAUAGCCCUGUGAAGUUCGCAAAUUUUGUAUAUAUUUGCAUUACGCGCGGGAACAAUAACCAUUUUUGAGCGGAAAGUGGUUAUUUUUCCCGCGCGUAACACAAAUAUAUACAAAAUUUGCGAACUUCACAGGGCUAUAUUUUCCUCAUUUUACAAUAUUUCGCAACCAACUUUGCAAUUUUACUCAUUUUGAGAUGCUCUUUCUAGGUGUGGUGUUGGAUUUCGUUCCGAAUCACCCAUUUAUAGCAUAUGGCAUUUUCAAUUAAUUUCUUUCAGGGAAAGUACAAAGUGAAAUCAGACGUGAAGGAAGACUCGACGGGAAAUCGUUUGUUCUGCAUCGAUCUCGCAUUUGAAAUUGCAUGA